UCCGUCCCUGCUUUCGCAUCUUUGCUUGUCUUUUUUCGCGGAGGCGCGCAUGCAGUUCUUCGCCGGUUCUCCCACUCUCGCCCGCUGAUUUUCUCGCUCCUCGCUGCAGCUGCCUGAACACACGGCGCGAAAUUGAUCACUGCGGAGGCAGCGUCGAGGAUCUCGUGGACAGUGUGUGACGCGUCCAGUUCUCGGCUCGCGCGUUCCUCUCUUCGUCGGUCGAAUUCUCCCGCAAGAAGAAAAGCCGUUCGGUCGACGGCAAAACACUGCUAAAAAUCGCAGGAAGAAGCCUCUCUCCUCCAGCUCUCUGCGCGACUCUCCGCAUCCUUCGUCUUGGAAAUCCGAGCACACAGCUGACCUGCACAGCGAAAAAGAUCUCGCGCUUCGAACUCAUCUCCCGCUUCAUCUCCAAGCUCCCGAAAAGUCUCCGUCGUCUUCAGUCUCCGCUCACCAUCCCGGUCUUCCCCGCGUUUCUCUCUCUUCGUCUUCGGAGACUGCGCUGUCCCCUCCGCAUCGCCUCUCUCUUUUCGGUCGUCGCUUCUGGUCCUUCUGGUCCUUCUGGUCCUUCUGUUCCUUCUGUUCCUUCUUCCCCCGCGAUUUUUUUGCUUCUUCUCGUUCGCGAAAUGAGUUCCAGCAGCCCCAACUCUUCUCGCUCCGAGGCGGUCAACGGCCGAGUUGUUGUCCCGACGGGUGGCUCUCGGCGAGAGAACUCCGGGCCAGCGAGAGGUCCUGCAGGCUUCUCCGCGACCGUUCUCCCCUGCGACGAAGCCACAAAGGCGGCGUUCGCGAAGGACUGGAAAGACUUGGAGCAGGAAAACCUCUCGUCUGCCGACUACUACUUCAACUCUUACGCGCAUUUCGGCAUCCACGAGGAAAUGAUCAAGGACUCCGUGAGAACUGGGUGCUACCAGCGCGCGAUCUGUCAGAAUGCACAUUUGUUUGCAAACAAAGUCGUCUUGGACGUCGGCAGUGGCACUGGCAUCUUGAGCCUCUUCGCGGCGAAGGCAGGAGCGAAACAUGUCUACGGAAUCGAGUGCAGCGAGAUCGUGAACAUUGCGCGGAAGAUCGUGAAGGAGAACGACAUGGAAGACAAAGUCACCUUCGUUCAGGGCAAAGCGGAGGAGGUAUCGCUGCCCGUUGAGAAAGUCGACAUCAUCAUCAGCGAGUGGAUGGGGUACUUCCUUCUUUACGAGAGCAUGCUGGACACAGUCCUCUUCUGCAGAGACAAAUGGCUGAAGCCUGGCGGAAUGAUCUUCCCCGACAAGGCAGCGCUCUACGUCGCCGCCAUCGAAGACGCCGACUACAAGGAGGAGAAGAUCGGAUACUGGGGAAACGUGUAUGGCUUCAACUUCUCUUGUGUUCGCCGCUGCGUCAUGGAAGAACCGAUCGUCGACACCGUCGACGAGAACGCCGUCUCCACUACCUCUUGCUGUGUCUUGAAACUGGACCUUCUGACGUGCACCAAGGAGGACUUGGACUUCUGUGCUCCUUACGAGAUCACGUUGCGGAGAAAGGACUUCCUCCACGCCUUUAUCGCCUGGUUCGACGUUUGGUUUUCGCACUGCCACAAGCCGGUGGUGCUGAGCACCGGGCCGCACUGUCGAUACACUCACUGGAAACAGACGGUGUUUUACAUGGAGGAUGUGUUGGUCGCGGACGUCGGGGACAAAGUCGAGGGUAUGAUUGCCGUAAAGAAAAGUCAGAAAAACCCAAGAGACCUCGACAUCAAAAUCUCCUACACGUUCAAUCCUCCCCAUGCUCCCGCCGCCAUCGAAAACACCCAGUUCUACAGACUCCGAUAGUUCCGGCUCCGCUCGCGAGAGACGCUUCGCAUCCCCCUCAAGAGGCACUCCCAGACAGAAGAGAAGAAUACAGAUGCACCCUGGCCGGGUCGCUACAUGAAGUGUAUUCAUCUGUGUCGCUGUGGGGCGCAUCGGUCUCAUGUUGAUGUGCGUCUCAUCUUGGGUGGAGGCUUUGCGUGAAGGUCUAGAUCUACGUAUGGCUACAGAUGUACGUCGAAAGAGACUCAACGAGUUUACAGAUUUCCGCGUAUGUUUUGUACCUACGUAUGUGGGGAGGUCUCCAUGUGCAGGUCUCUCCCGCGACGCAUGCGGUUUUUUCUGAGAGGAACGUAUCCUAAACAUUUCUCGAAAGCCUCGGUGAACCUGGGGUGUACAGCCUCGCAGACGCAUGU